AUGUUCCUGGAGCAGGUCCCCGCACACCUACGGGGCGAGCGCCGAUGGGGUGAUGGUGUGAUGCGCGAUCUGGACAUCUCCAUGCGUGACCAGGGCCCGGUGCGCUCGGUGGACGAUACGCUGUUCCAAAGAUGCAGCUUGGUCGCGUCCGUGGCACGCAUCGCGAGCGGCGCGGCAUCAGGCGUCGGUGGAGGAUUGCUCGCUCUCUGGUUUGCGACGGGACAAGUUCAGAAAUUGCUUGGGGUUCCACGUCCUCCUGGAAUACUGAUGUUGGGCUACGGCUGCGGUUGUUUUUCCUUGUACAUGAAGAUGCAGUAUUAUGACCUCCAGAAGGAUUUUGCUGCAAUCGUUUUGGAGCAUGGAGAAGAACACACGAAGAGGGAGCUAGCUAAAAUAAUACUCAAUAACCAUAGCACUGACAAAUCACUGGUUGAAGUUCUGAAGAGGCACUAUGUAGCUGAUCAUCUGUUGAGUGAUGAGCAUCAAGAGAAGCAACUUUUCAGGUGGCGCCAACGCCAUUUGUAUGUGGACAGCGCUUUUAUGGAGAGGUUGAAGGAGGAGCUUAUAGAAGUGGUGAAGAAGAAAGUUAUAGAAAGGGUGGAGAAGUCUAAAGCAAACAACGCCGAUGGUGAGGCCGAAUCAAGUGCAAACGUUGGAUUAUUUGAGGAGGAUCCACUGGCUUGUGUGCUUGGCACUCCAGACAGCAACAGGAAGAUGAACAUGUUGCACACAGGCACUAUCCUGACGAGACGGGAGCUUCUCAUCGAAGAAGUUACUGGCAGCAUCAUCUCCGACAUCCUGAAAACUGCCCCCAUCUCCGACAUGCUGGAAAUUGCUGCAUUAUGA